CAUGAUCAACAAAUACACGUGUUUUAUGAAAAAUACCAUUUAAACCCGAUUACUUGGGACAUUUUUUUAAAUUUUGAUGAAAAUUCUUGGAAGAAAUGGACAACAAAGAAAUUAUGUUCCGCCUUGGCAAAUUUUAUAACUUCCUCGAUUUUAAUUUCCGGUGUUGGGGAAAACACCGCCGUAGUAUGUUAUAACUUUAAUGUACUUCAGAAGUGUGUGCGUCUAUGAUGGAUGGUGGUGGUGAUGGACACAGUGAAAACAGUAUGGGAGAAACCUUCUUCCAGGCUGCUGGUGGCCAAAUAGAAGGUCAGGAAGGUGAGGAACAGAUAGAUUCAGGGGACAAUGAUGAUAUGCCAAAAGACAAUGAACCACUAAGAGAGCAGGACAGAUUUUUACCUAUUGCAAAUGUUGCUAGAAUUAUGAAGAGGUCAAUACCAAAAAGUGGAAAAAUAGCUAAAGAUGCAAAGGAGUGUGUACAAGAGUGUGUUUCUGAAUUUAUAAGUUUCAUAACCAGCGAAGCCAGUGAAAGAUGCCAUCAAGAAAAGCGUAAAACUAUAAAUGGUGAAGAUAUAUUAUUUGCUAUGUCAACAUUAGGUUUUGAUAGUUAUGUAGAGCCAUUGAAGCAAUACUUACAGAAAUACAGAGAGUCCAAUAAAGGCGGAGAAAAACCACUUGGAGUAGCUGAGGGAGAUAUGAAUGACCUUGAAUCAGCAGGGUUUGAACUUCAAUCAACAUUAGCAGCAAAUAUGAUUGAUCCCAAUGGUCAACAAAGUGUUAUAUAUGCUACAACAUUUCCAAAUCAAGGGACUUUACAGCAGAUAAAUUUUGGAGGGGUUGGGAUGUGAUCAGAUGUAGCUCGAUGUGACACAAGAGUCUGCUACUACGAUGCACGCUGUCUUGUUGUAUAUUAUUAUGUCUUGUCCUGGACAUGGAGUGAUUUGGCUGGCCAAAAUUGACAUUACAAAUUUUUAACCAUGGGAGAGAGUGUGAAUAUUUGAUUAUUCAGGACAUGAUGAGGAUUUUAUCUCAAAAUAGAGAUUAUUUUAGUGUGAAAGAAAUUUCAUUGAGAUACUUGUACAAUAUGAUCAUAUUGUCUCCUUUGAAAUUGUCAAACUUUUUUUAUCUCUUUAUAUGUAUAAUAUUAUAUAUACAUGUUUAUAGAUAUGCUAAUAAACUCCUGUAAACUUGAUUAUAAAACUUUAAAAAAAUGGA